UGUGUCCCUCCUGUAGAGGGAUACGUUGGGAGGUAUGCAAAGCAAAUCAAAAGUGUAGUAAAGAUAAAGAAAGACUCGUCUCUGUGACGUCCUCCGACUUCCUGCUGGCCUGGUGCUGCUGCUGCGGUCGGUGACGUCGUGACCGGAGUGCUGACUCGUUUCCGCUGAGCUCUGCCGAGUGGGCCCUGUAUCUGGCUGCGGUUGUCCGGGCGGAGUACACUGUAGCACGGGGGCCGUGCCGGCUCCGACAGCACCAUGAGCACCAUGUUUGCGGACACCGUGCUGAUAGUCUUUAUCUCCGUAUGCACCGCCCUGCUGGCGGAGGGUAUUACAUGGGUUUUAGUUUACAGGACAGAUAAGUACAAGAGGUUAAAAGCUGAAGUAGAAAAGCAAAGUAAAAAACUGGAAAAGAAAAAAGAAGCGAUAACUGAGUCUGCUGGGCGCACACAAAAAAAGAAGAUAGAACGCCAGGAGGAGAAGCUAAAGAAUAAUAAUAGAGAUCUGUCCAUGGUCCGCAUGAAGUCAAUGUUUGCAAUUGGCUUUUGCUUCACGGCUUUGAUGGGCAUGUUCAACUCAAUUUUCGAUGGACGGGUUGUAGCAAAAUUGCCAUUUGUUCCCCUCUCCUAUAUUCAAGGACUGUCUCAUCGAAACUUGUUGGGGGAGGAUUAUACAGAUUGCUCCUUUAUAUUCCUGUACAUACUUUGUACAAUGUCCAUUCGUCAGAACAUCCAGAAGAUGCUGGGACUUGCACCAUCCCGUGCUGCUACAAAACAGGCUGGAGGAUUCCUGGGACCUCCUCCACAAGCUGGAAAAUUUUCUUAGCUCCACAGGAACCAUAGCUAAAUGUUCCUUUACUAUUUCUCAACCUCCUCUUUGUUAUGGCAACAGUCACCAAGCCAGCAAACCUAUUUCUGAAGACUGAAUUUACACUUUUAUAUUUGGAAUUAAGAAUACAUUUUUCAUACUCAUGAUGUUGAUAAUUGAUAGAAAAGAAAACUGAUCUAUGGUCACAUCCUACAUAAUAAAAGGCUAUAAUGCUGCUGCUCACUUCUUUGGGGGGAAUUCAAGUGUUUUGCGCACCAGCAGCCAUUAGAUGGUGCCCGAUGGUGCUAACAUUAUUGUUAUGUUGCUCAGAUUACUUCUUCUUGUAUGAAAGAAACAUCCAGAAUACUAAUUAGGUUUGUUUAGUAAGGAAAUGGCAAAAGCUAAUACAAAAAAUGUGUAUAGAUAUAUAUAUAUAUAUAUAUAUAUAUAUAUAUAUAUAUAUAUAUAUAUAUAUAUAUAUAUAUAUAUAUAUAUAUAUAUACACAUACACACAUAUAUAUAUAUAUAUAUAUAUACACAUACACACAUACACACACACACACACACACACACACACACACACACACACACGUGUUUAAUUGUGUGAAAGUUGCAGAUUUUUGUUUUGUUAUCAUACUGAUAAAAAUAGUUACAUUUUUUGUUUGGUUGCAGGCCUGUGCGCGGUGAAGCUAAAUUCUAAUCCUGUUUAAUUGAUAGUCUCACAACAAGAGAAGACUUGAAUAUUUUGUAAUUUCAUUCUAUCAAGAUGCCCAUUAGCCUAGUUAUAAGAACAGUGGUUAUGUAGAAACAAACUAUAUGCAAAUUUUAUAUAAAUAUGUAGUUAAACAUUUUAAGUUAUUUAGGAAAAUGUAUUGUUUCCUGGGGUCUUUUUGUGUUUUUCCAUUUUUGUACUAAUGAACCAUUGUGGUUUUAGAACAUGAUGUUGUUUGGAACAAAGUGUACCCUACAUUGCUGCAUGUACAGAUGCGUCCUCAUACAUCUAGCCUCAGUUAGCCAUGAAAUGCGAGAUUCCUGGUGUAAGUGAGCCACCAGAUCUCGUGCAACGCUAAUAUGUGGUGUCUUUGCAUUGUGACUAAGAUACAUUUUUUGCAAAACAAUGUGACUAGGAUGCAUGAGGAGUCUGUUGAUUAAUUUGCUAUGCCAUUUGUGUAUUGUGUUACUGAAUCUAUACGUAGCAGAACGGAACUUGUAUUUUGAAAGGUCUGCAGCUGCUAUGUUGUAGCACUUUAUAUACAGAUUCAGAGACUGUUGCACACAGAUAUACAAGUGCCAUAUCAAAUUAAUCAGCACAGUCUCCUUGUGCGUCGUAGUUGCAUUGCGUUGUGAAUAAAGGGGCCCAUACAUCAGCAAACACAAUUUAUUGUUUCACAGAUUCUGUGAUUUAUUUCCAAGAUAUAUUGUUACCCCAAACCAUCUGACUUGCCUAUACAUUACAGAUCAUUCUCAGUUAAACAGAUCUGCUAAUCAUGAAAGAAUCAUCAAUUACUAGAAAUAGUCUGCUGUGAAAUUAAACAUGUUGAAAAAUCUGAUUUACAAUCCCAAUCGAUUUGUGGCUGAAAUCUGCAAUCUGUGAAUCGCGUACAUUGCAAAUUUAUUUGCACAAUCUCCUUCAAAAUGUCAGGUUGUACCAAUUUAUCACAGGGGUAUGGGCCCAUUAAGAUGCAUUCAUGGCAAAAAAGAAGAUGAAUUUACUGCAAAAGAUGCCCAAUGCUACAUUCUCAUACGACCUGAUAUGCCAAGAGUGGUGGCUGGAAAACGUAACUGUUUGUAAAUGAUUGCCUUAGUAAUUUACAACAUGUACAGAACUUUUAGACCCUGUACAUACAGUAGAUUCAGUGUGAUGCACCGUGGAUAUCUUGCAAAGAAGGGGAAGCCCUUCUCAAGCACAACUGAUACAACAGUGACACCUACAGGAACACUAACAUAUCUAUAAAUAGCGUCAAUAAAACUACAUUAUCAGUCA